GCAAAAAUGAACAAGUGUAAGACAACAAUAUGGCGGGGAUUUGUUGCAGUCCCUAGCUAGAUGGAAUAAAGAAACGGUUGUCAUUCGAUCAUGAUCGAAUGAUUUCUAGGUUUAUCCGUGUAACAUGUUUUUACAAGAAUAUUUCUGUUAGUGUAACAAGGUAUCACCAUGUGUGAUGUCUGCUCAGACGUGCUGGUGCUUCUUGAAAACCAUGAUGAGCGUGUGCAUCGUGGAGAAGGCCUACGGCUCAACAAGAGAGAGAUCAAUGCUGUACUACACUAUGUUUGCACAUGGCCACAGAGGCAGUGCAUGUGCUGCUACAAGGAUUUCAAGAACUUUGAGCGACUGAACAACAUCGUACAGGUUAUUCUGGUAGUUGCGAUCCGCUUCAUCCAGACACUUCCUAUCGACUAUGAGAAGGAGACGACCAGGGAGAUACUGCAGGUGAAGCGGGACACAGAGGAUAAGGAUGGAGCAAGUAAAGAUGGAGACAAGAAUGAAGAGAAGAAUGAAAAGGAAGAUCGAGAGAUGGUCGAAGAGAAAGAAGAAGAGGAAUAUUGGAGUAUGGAGGAGAAAGAGAGAUUGUUACAGUUUGUUACCAAAGUCUUCCUGAUGAACUUCCCCUCCUACAUGGCUUACAAACAUAUUGUGCAUUCGUCACUCGAGGAAUUAUCACAGCAGGAAACCAGUGCACUCAACAACUACUGUGAAAUUUCUGACCCAGAGGUGCCGCUGUAUCUGCUGAGGAAUGUGUGUUUCUUCUGCGACAGUAAUGGCAUCACGUCACUACGGCAGUGCUUUGAGAAAGCAACACCUGACACCCUUCCUUUCACCUUCGCCCAUCUCCUUAUUACUCUGAUAGCUAAUUUGAGGUUAUGGAUGAACAUCCCUACCGUGCUGCAGUGUAUAAUACCACUUAGAACUUCUGUGAUCAGGUACAUGUGCAACCUAUCGGACAAAGACCUGCGAGUAGCUGGCAAUCGGAGUAUGACGGACCUCAUGUGGGCUGCAGUGAAGGAACCACUUGACACACACUUCACCUUUGACAAGGAAGGUCUGGACCUUGCAUUUAAGUACUUCACAUGUUCAACACUGACAAUCAGACUGGCCGGCAUUGCCCAGAUCAAUCUUUCUAUUUCGUUCCAGAACCAGAUAAACCUUUACAAUGAGAGCUGCAACAAUGAGACCCUUGUAGAUGCAGACAGAGUCGGGAAUGAAGUGGCACAGUGGCUGAUUGACAACAAGAUAAUAGAGCAUAUAUUUGGGCCAAAUCUUCAUGUGGAAAUCAUCAAGCAGAGUCAGAUAAUCCUGAACUUCCUGGCGAUGGAGUGGAGAAUAACCAACGAGCACAUAGACUGUGUGUGGGCUGCUAGUCAGCUGAAGCAUUGCAGUAAACAGGUGUAUGACAUCCUCAUCUCUUUAAUCAAAAACCUGGAUCUGCCUCCUGUACAACAUCUGCUGAAACUGGUGUCUGCACUUGAACCAACGGUGCUCACGGAAUCUACUCUUUACCUGGCAUCUGCAUUGAUCAAGUACAUCUGGAACCAGUGUGCGACUGCACAACACCACGGUGCAAUGGUGCAGCAACAUCUACAACCACACCUCCAGACAUCCUACACAGCUAUCAGGCAGGACGAAGAAGAGAUGGAGAUCGCUGGCCUGGGGAAGCCAAGCAAACACAACAUCAGCAGCAGCGAGAGCAUCCAGGAGUCUGAGGAGGGGGAGCACCUGCAUAGGGUGAAGCGAGGCCACUUGGGUGCUGAGGAGGGUCUAAGAGGGGCUGUCCGGGACCACUGUUGCCAGCACCACCAUCACCACAAGGUUGUAGAUGAGUCCGAGAGUAGUCUUGGGGUAGGAUCGGACUUCAGCAAUGAGAGCGAGGAAAGUGGAUUAGAGGGAGAGGCUCAGGCCGAGCAGCUUCGCAAGAUGAAGAUGAGACAGAAGAAGAUGGCUCGUCAUGCCGGGGAGGCGAGUGAGAGUGAUGUGGAAUGUACAGAGUCCAGUGAUGAUACUGGGGAAGUGAAGGAAGGCGGGAAGGGAUUCAUAGGGCAUCGAAAAGUCAAGGGCAUUAAGGGGAUGAAGAAACUGGGCAGAAAGAUGGAGAAGGUUGAAGAGUCGGAAGGGGAGAGUUCAGAAGUUGAUGAAUGUUGUGGUCAUAGUCACGAUGAGGAGGAGUCUGACUACUUAAACUCAGAUGAAGAGUUGUUGAAGCAGGCGAAGCUUGUGCGGUUGAAACAGCUUUGUCCUCGUGAGAGUGAAGAUAGCUCAGACUUUGAUGAUAUUGAAGAGGAGACUAAAGUGUUCCGUAAGAUGAAACUGUUUCAGGCUCAACAGGAAAUUCAGAAGCAGAAGAAGCAACUUGCUGAACACCGCCAACACCAGCUGCUACAGCAGGCGGCGCACAUGAUGCUGCGGCGGCAGGGGAAGCUGUGUCACCAUGAUCAUGCCAACAUCCAGAAGGUCAGCGAGGUCAUGCAGGACGUCAUGCAAGACGCUCAUGACGAUGCUGGAAAGGAUCAAAAUGCCAGUGGAGAUAUUCCAGACAAGGUCAAGUUAGCAGACAUUGCAGCACAGGAAGGGGGGUCUUCCAGUGCCGCUGAUCCCCAUCUGCAGCAGGGGAUGUCGGGGAAGGGACAGGACACUGAAGUGUUUGACUGUACCUCCAUCAUACAGAAGAUGAGAGCUGCACAGAGACAAAGGGCAUUACAGGGGGAGUUCACUGAGGAUAUACUGAGUCCGGAUGAUGGCAGUUGUCACAGUUCCCACAUGAGUGCCAAGUCAGACAAAAACAUGGCUGACUUUGAUGGGGAGGAGGGGCUGAGUGAGGAGGAGCUGGCCCAGAUCAACGCCCACGCCCACUUCAAUGCCAGUCAGAUGCAGCACCUGACUAACAUGGCAUCCAUGUACCACCUUCCACCAUCUGUGAUCCACCACCGACCCACCCAGCGAGAGGCCGGCCUGCAGAGCUGCCCAGAGUUCACCAUUGAUGAUGUUUGCAAGAAGGGGACGACACUACUGUGGGAUAUUGUACAGGAAGAUGUGGCACACCUGUUGCCCGACGGCCUCCUGCUGGGAGCAGAGAAGGCCCUGCACAACCUGGUGUGUUUCUCCACUGACAAGAGGAUCAAGACUAAGUUUAUAGAGGCCUGCAUAGAUAACCUGGCCUCGCACAGGUCGGUUGUGGUGUCCCUGAGACUCCUGCCCAAGAUCUUCAACUCCUUCCAGCAGUACAGAAGUGGGGCGGACACUCAUGCUGUCACUAUGUGGUCAGAGAACAACCUGGGCAUGAUGAAACAUUAUUUCCGGGAUCUUGUGCACUACACCGAGAACAGGAGGAACAGGUCCAACUCUCUGUACAGCCACAAGGACGAGACAGGCGUGAGACUCGACUUUCUGACCUGUGUGUUCUCCUCCAUGGGCUCUCCAGACAGUUUCAGGUUGAACCAGACACAGGUGGAUGAACUGUGGGAGUGUUUGGCGGCCGACCCAGAGUGUACGGAUGACUGUCUCAAGUGGUUCCUUACACAAGCCAAGAGCAAGGACCACCAUGCACUUGGACUCGAGACAUUCAAACACAUCUUUCUCGAAAAAAUGCCCCAGCUGAGACCGGAGACGAUGAGUGCGAUCGGCCUGAACCUGUUCCAGAGUCUGUCCCAACUGGCUCGUGUUGCCAAUGCUUCUCUCAACAAUCCACUCUCGGAAGAUCAGGUGUGCGGCAUGGACCAACUGUGGAGCAUCGCCCUCCGUGCCACCAACAAGGAGGUGAGCAUGACGGCUAUCCAGUACCUCAAUAACUACUAUAUCAGCUUCGGCAACAGCAUGUUGGAGAAGGAGGAGGAGUUCAUACACCGCUGUAUGAAGAACCUGGUAGCAGCACUGGAAAACGUUAAGAAGGACACAUGUGGGAGUUUCCAGAUCAUUCAGCAGGGCCUGACUCUUUUGAAAAACCACCUUGAAGCCUUCCGUCGUCGCUAUGCCUACCACUUGCGCAACUGGCAGAUCGAUGGCAAGGGCAUUACCAGCCACCAACAGCACCGGAUGGAGAAGCACUGCACCUCCAUAUGUGUGCUGCUGCAGCCAGCCGGCAUGACAGAGAAGAACCAGCUGGAGAUGAUGACCACUGACCUUGUUGCCGAGCUCCGAGCCGAGGUGGCACGAUGGUGGGAAGCGCUACAGAAACAGCAGCAGCUCCAGCGCCAGCAGGCCGAGGGGGCUCAUGGGGUGCUCUCGCCGAUCCUUGGCGCUAUGCUGGGAGAUGGACCAAUCAGGAUGAUCACACAGGGGCAGGAGCUGACUGUCGACAUGGAUGAGAAGACACUUGGGGAGAUGCAGUUCAAGAAUAUGCAGCUUGUGUUUGUCUCGGUGGGUGCGAGUCGGCAGCCACGGAAGAUGGACGGAUCCCUGCCGUCCUCCAGCCUCCCGUCACCACUCCGGGACAGACUUCCCAUGAUGCUUCUGCUGCAGGAGCCUCACUUUGACAACCUCUUCAUGCUUCUACAGAGACUAGGCGACCUUGAUGUGGAGUUGUCCAAUAUGGAUCCCCUUGAGCGGGCGGGUCUCCUGGCGGAGUCACGCCGCCUGUCUCGGAACGUGUGGGAGCUGCUGAUGAUCCUCCCCACCAGUCCCAAUCAUCUCAACGGUUUCAAGAGUCUCAUCAUGGAGCGGUCUGGUGAGAGUGGGGAUGACCAGGUGACGGUGGCGUGGAACGACCUGCUACCACCCUCCAGCCCCCACAAGCUGUACUACUCACUCCAGAUAGUGGAGGUCCUGUCUCACAGCCAGAAGCUCCGGCGCAAGUCACUGAUGCGGUCAGGGGGAGGAGAUGCAUAUUUAUCAAGUGGUGACCAAGAAUCAGGCAGUCAUGAUACAGCGGAGAACCUCUGGAGCUCACAGUUCAUUGCCAAGGGAGGUUUGAGUCACUUGUUCAACAUCUUCAUCUCAGGAAGUCUUCAGUCGAAGGAGGGAGACAACUGGAGUCAGUGGAAUCAGGAAUGCCUGGCCUACUUGCUUCGACUGGUGAGUCAGUUUGCCGUGAACCGUGCAGACCUCGAGACUGGAUCGGAAGAACAGUCCGAGACGUAUGAGAGUCCUCGCAAGAAGGUCAAGAAGUCCAAGUCAGCACAUGAAAAGAUCUUCAUUCCAAGACUCAAUCAGUCCACCAUCAACAUGCUGAACACAGAGACGGUGUUGAAGAUUCUCAUGCAGAUCCUGUAUGAUGCUGCAUUGCCAGAGGAUACAAAUCAGCUGUACAUCGGAUCCUGGGGUCGAGCGGAAGUGGUCCACUGUGCACUCUCCUUUCUCAUCUCACUGGCCUACUCCUGUGAUGAGGUUCCUGGACUACUGUGUACCGCCACCAACUUCAAUGCUUGGCUGAAACGUCUCACGCUGGAAGCACCAGAGCCGUACGUACGUAAGGAGGCCUGUAUGGGGCUAUACCGUCUGCGACUGGGGAAGACAGUGGACAACAAGCCGGGCUACAGCUUCCUGCUCCCCAUCCUCUCCAGCCUUCUCAGCUUCCUACAGGUGGCACUCGAGUUUAAGCCACAGAAGAACACUGAGUUUGACAGUAAGGAAAAGGAACCGUUUGGUCCAGGGUGCCGGGACUACUUUUGGCUGGUGUGCAGAUUUGUUGACAGCAUUUCCAAAGAGGAAGCAAGUUCAGAAAACUGUGUUGAUCUGAACUCCUUGGCAAAAGAGGCCUACCAGCUUAUCAUGGAGCGGCCAUACUUGGAGACUCGGGUUGGAUAUGAAGAAGACGAUGGCUUGAUAGGCCUGCUCAAUCUUCUCACCGCUGUCCUCAAGCACAACCCACCAUUCAAAACAUCAUCGGACGGCAAGUCCCUCCUGGAUGAGAUAUUUGACAGCCUGUUCGCACUGCCCUCGCCCACCAAGCGCUACCUGCCUCGUUGUAAGAGUCAGGCCUCCCGGUCCGCCGCGUACGACCUGCUGGUGGAGAUGGUGAAGGGCAGCGUGGACAACUACACCGCCCUCCAUUCCAAGAUGCUGGCACAACAUACAAAGGACUCCCACACGCCCUACCCUUGGGACUACUGGCCCCAUGAAGAUGGACGGUCCAAGUGCGGCUACGUGGGCCUGACGAACCUCGGGGCCACCUGCUACAUGGCUACAUGCAUGCAGCAUCUGUACAUGAUACCACAGGCUCGCCAGUCAGUGCUACAGGCAAAGCAGAGGACAGACUAUACAAGGCAUGAAGGAACACUUGUGGAACUACAGAAAAUGUUUGCAUAUUUGCAGGAGAGUGAGAGAAAGGCGUACAACCCCAAGAGUUUCUGCAAGGCUUAUACCAUGGACAAGCAGCCAUUGAACACUGGUGAACAGAAGGAUAUGACAGAGUUCUUUACUGAUCUCAUCACAAAGUUGGAGGAGAUGGGGCCAGAAAUGAAAGCUCUUGUUAAAAGUCUGUUUGGUGGAAUCAUCACAAACAAUGUGGUCUCUCUGGAUUGUCCUCAUGUGAGUCGGACAUUUGAGGAGUUCUACACUGUGAGGUGUCAGGUGACGGACAUGAAGGACUUGUAUGAGUCGCUGGAUGAGGUGACGGUGAAGGACAUGCUGGAGGGAGACAACAUGUACACCUGCUCCAAGUGUCAGAAGAAAGUCAGGGCGGAGAAGAGAGCGUGUUUCCGGAAGUUGCCAAAGAUCCUGUGUUUCAACACAAUGCGGUACACGUUCAACAUGGUGACGAUGAUGAAGGAGAAAGUCAACACGCACUUCUCCUUCCCGCUUCGGCUCGACAUCAAGCCCUACAUGGAGGUGAACCUGCUCGGCCCUGACAAACUCAAAGUUGAUGAGGAGGAUGAGCUGACGCUGAUGGGAGUGGACACCAGUGAUGAGGACGAGAGCUCCGAGUAUGAGCUGAUUGGUGUGACAGUGCACACAGGAACAGCGGACGGCGGACAUUACUACAGCUUCAUCCGAGACCGGCUCAACAAGACAGAAACAGGCCAGGACAAAUGGUAUCUGUUCAAUGAUGCAGAGGUGAAACCAUUUGACCCAAGUCAGAUAGCUGGAGAGUGUUUUGGAGGAGAAAUGACGAGUAAGACGUAUGAUUCAGUCACUGACAAGUUCAUGGACUUCUCGUUUGAAAAGACAAACAGUGCCUACAUGCUGUUCUAUGAGAGAUGUCCCAAGGGCAAGAAGCCUGAGGAAAUCUUAGACAGCGCAGAGGAGAGAAAGAAAUUCAAUUUUGAAUUGUCGAAGGACCUCGGUGAUUGGAUCUGGCAAGACAAUACUCAGUUUCUACAGGACAAGAAUCUCUUCGAACACACCUACUUCGGGUUCAUGUGGCAGAUCUGCGGCUACAUCACCACGACGCUACCCAAGGAUGACAACAGCAUCGUCCCCCUCAAGGCAGCCCAACUCUCCACAUCGUUUGUCCUGGAAACACUCAUUCAUGCCAAAGAAAAGCCCACCAUGUUACAGUGGAUUGAGCUGCUCACCAAACAGUUCAACUCCUGCCCAGCCGCUUGUGAGUGGUUCCUGGACCACAUGGCUGACAGCGACUGGUGGCCCCAGCAGAUACUCAUCAAGUGUCCCAACCAGAUGGUCAGACAGAUGUUCCAGAGGUUGGUGAUUCAUGUGAUUGGUCAGUUGCGCCACUCCCACUUCGAUCUCUACAUGCAGCCAAUUGUGGAGAGUGAGGAUGGUGUUGUGGAUGUGACGGAGAUAGGGAACAGGUCGUGUGUGACAAGGUUCAUCAAGAAGAUGCUCACCAUCAUCGAACACGGUGUGCGGCCACACAGCAAGUACCUGACAGAGUACUUCGCCUUCCUGCUGGAGUUUGCCAAGACGGGGGAGGAGGAGUGUAACUUCCUCAUCAGCAUCAACGCCAUCUCCACCAUGAUCGCCUUCUACAUGGGUCAGAAGGCCCAGGAGAAUUACGUCGAGAUCCUGUCUGACGAUGAUGAAGAAGAAGAUGUGAUCUCCCUGACGGAUGACAACUACCGCCCCAUGUCCCUGGAGAAGAUGAUCUCAUUGAUAGCUCUCCUGGUGGAGAAGUCUCGGGCAGAAAAACAGUUGCAUCUCUCGGAGAAGGACUACAACUCCAUCAUAGGGGGCAAGGGCUUUCCAUUCCUGUUCAAUCAAAUCCGAGACAAUAUCAACAUCCGGCAGUCGUGCAAUCUCAUCUUUAGUUUAACAAGAUAUAAUGAAACACUUGCAGUUGCAAAUGUGUUACAGGUGAUAAAUAUGGUGUUCGGGGCCAUCAGGAAACUGAACCCAGAGCAAUCCCAGCCGUUCUUCAAGCUGCUGUCCAUGUUGGUGGAGUUUGUGGGCGGCCCGCCCGGGAUGCCACAGUACACUCAGUAUGUGCUGCAGAGGUUCUGGGAGCUGACCAAGUGUUGUCCGCAACAAUGCCUGGAGUGGAUGACCGGUCAGGUGACUCGCAACAAGCUGGCCCAGGCCUGGACUCUCAACCAGAUGGACAACUGGGUGGAGCCGUACCUCAUUGCUCACAACAAUGUGCGGGUCCGCAAUGCUGCUGCCUUCCUGCUGGUGUCCCUGGUGCCCAGCACCCACUUCCGUCAGUCUUUCCGCUCCGCCAGGAGCAUGCUCAGUCCGCACAAAGAGUUUGCUAUGUCUACUGAGGCCCUCAUGGUUUUGCAUCAGGUGUAUGAGCAUCUACUGAGUCUCCUGUCUAGGGCAAGGUUGUAUGUUGAUCCCCAAGUCCAUGGCACAAUGAAGCUGAUGUGUUACUUUGCUGUCAUGACAUACUGUCUCGUAUCCAAGCAAGAGAAACUCUUGUUUGGAGAAUAUUUCUUGGAUCUAUGGCAGUUGUUCCAGCCGAAGCUGUCCGAGCCCCAGAUCUCAAUGCAUCACAACAAACAGACGUUGCUGCUGUUCUGGCACCAAGUGUGCGUGGACUGCCCAGAGAAUGUCAAGCAGAUUGUCUCCAACCAACAUGUCUGCAAGAACAUUGCCUUCAGCUACAUACUGGCUGAUCAUGAUGACCAGGAUGUUGUGAUGUUCAACCGCGUGAUGCUACCGGCGUACUACGGGCUGUUGCGGAUGUGUUGUCAGCAGUCACGGCAGUUCACACGGCAGCUGGCGCAGCACCAGAACAUAGCAUGGGCCUUCAAGAACAUCACGCUCUACCCUACACAGUACACCCUGGCUGUGGAGGAGCUGUUCAAGAUGAUGAAGCUGAUGGUGAUGAGGUACCCAGACAGCUCGGAGGAUGAGCUGAAGGCCAUCGCGUCAUUCAAACGUGCAAACAUACUCAUGUACCUACAAGCAUUAGAUGCCAGAUCCAUGUGGCAGACUCUUAUCAGUGCAUUCAAAAUCCUGGUGGAGAGUCGUGAGGAGAGGAUGCUUCUCAUCUACCACCAGGGGCUGCAGAUGAUCACAGAGGCAUUCUUCACACUCCACGCAAUGUACCAUGAGGCGACGGCAUGUCAUGUGACUGGUGAUAUCGUGGACCUCUUGACGAUCCUGCUUCAUGUGCUAGAGUGUGGCAAGGAAUGCCAUGAGAAGAAAGGGAGCCAGUUGGCUGAUGCAAAAGCAUACUUGUUGAACUGGGAGGAGAGAAACGAACUGCCGAAGAAACUACUGACAUUGCUCAAUUCCUACACCCCACCGGAAGUCCGCUCUAUUAGUAUAGAUGUAUUAAAACAGAUGAUAUUAACAUUCCAAGGCGAAUGUAUAGCCUGCAUUGUGCCGAUAUUAGUCCAAGCUCACGGAGCCUUCCAGGACCAGAAUAUGCCAGUGACAACUGGUCCCUACUUUCCGCGGAAAGGCCAGAAACCCAUCGGGUCCAAAUCAAACAUCCGUCCACCUAGACCCCAGUUCCAAAUGUUCCUUCAUUCUAGUCAAGUUGAAGUCCCGAAGGGAGUAGAUGAGGUGUACGACCAGGCAUUAAAUGAUUUCAUCAUCCCAUAUCAUCAGCUUGUUGACGUCAUGUGCCGGGUCGCUGUCAACAUGCAGAAUCUUAGUGAAUCUCUCAUCAGUCUUAGUGCAAUGUUAGCCUUCGAGGCAGUUCCUCUCCAUUCUCCGUACUUUGCCAAAUUGUGGGUGGAAAUAUACCACUCAGAGCAGGUUGAUCGUAACUACAUCAAGAUCUUGUGCAACACCAGUUCUUUCAUCGACUACGUGGAUGCAGUGCUGCUGGACGAGCGUCUUUCCCUCAACAACCACAUCAUCUACCAGUUCUUCUGCAGCUUCUUCCCCAAGGUCCAUCAGCAGGUGCUCAACGACCAGGGCCGCUCUCUGCUGGACAGCCUGGUCGCCUCCAUCACGGCCGAGAAGGCAGCGCUGGAGAACAUGAAGUCCGAGAAGGAACUCCUGACCAUCUGUGAGAGAGUCAGUGGGGACCUACGCGCUAUGCUGCUGAUCUUCACGGUGCAGAUGCCGAAGACGACAAGUCCCAUCCUGCUGGAAAGCCUGCACUACAUCCUACGAGUCUGCCGGGAACACCAGCAGCAGCGUGCCGAGAUGGAGGCCACCGCCGCUGCAGAGGCCCGCCGGCAACAGGAGGCUCUGGAACAGGAGGCCGUGGAGAGCGAUGCUGGUGAUGAGGAGGAAGAUGUCAAGCCUAAUGAGGAUGAUGAAGACUCAGGUGAAACUCCAUCCAAACGGAGGAGAGUGAGCAACGAGGGUGAUGUGAAUGUUGAAGAAAAGAAGAAGAACGAAGACACUGCUAAUAAACCGGAAGAAAAAGACGCUGAUAAAAGCGAUUCUAAAGCAGACAUAUCUGAUGCCAAAGACCAAACUAAAGAAGAUACAGAAGACAAAGCUGAAACCACUGAAGCUGCAUCUCCAAAGAAGACCCCACAAAAGAGUGAGCCUACUCCAUCCACGAGCCACGACUCACCUCAAUCUGGUCCCCAUCCCGGCACCAGCACUGGCGGUGCCACCACAUCCAGAACAACACCGGGGACAAGCUCAGGGGGCAACGUCACCUUACAGUCAGCCCGCCCCGGGGGAUCAGCGGCAUCUCAGUCUAGUCUCUCUGGGGCCACCUCGACCUCGGCCUCCCAACAAACAGGGUCACGGACUGGCGGAGCUACGUCCGCUACUCCGCGGGAGAAGCCCAACAGGGUGGAUAUGGUGGCCAAACAUAUCGAAACACUCUUGGCUCUUAUUGAUAAGAAAUAAAGGAUUAUUAGGAAAGGUGUUAACCCCUAUCAAAUGACAUGACAGACUGAUUUGUACCGGUUGUUGAAUAUCGUCAAAUGUCUUCAAUACAUUGUCGAAGUGGGGCAGAGAGAUGCUUGUGGCUGAAUCAUGGGUAAAGUGAAGACUGAUCAUGAAAACACUUAUGUAGGCUUGAUUGUUCAAAGGUUAUUCCAUGAAUGACCAAUUCAUGAUGAUUGUACCGCUUAAUCCAUUUAACUUAAGCAGUCGAAUCAGGUACGACUUGUUCCAGUCUUGUGAAACUACCAUCCUGGUCUUUUAGACAGCACACUGCAGCAAUGUUCUGUUGAGACGUUGCAUCUCGCUGAGUGAGAAAGGGAACAGUACAUGUCAAUUCAGAUAUUUGGGACACUGAGUUAACUGUUACAAGUCAAAUGAGUUCAUAGUAAAAUCACCAACACAGAUUCAGUUAAGAGUAAGCUAUGUUAUUAUAUCUACGGCUUUUGGGCUACAGGCAGUUUCAGCUGAUAGGACUUACAAUGCUGCAGAUUGUACUGUAAGCUUCAUGGCUGAUUGACUUGAUGGUGUGAUUAUCAGCCCAUGGAAUAUUCAGUUAAACAUUUCAGCUGAUUUUAGAGUUAGUAUGAAGAUUCAGGUGAGGAUUCAACUGAAAUAUGAUUCAACUCAUGAACGAUUCCACUCAUGAAUAAUGUGGUGAUGAUUCUACUAAUGUAAGAUUCAAUGAUGAUUCUACUGAUGUAAGAUUCAGUGAUGAUUCAACUCAUGUAAGAUUCAGUGAUUAUUCUACUCACGUAAGAUUCAGUAAUUAUUCUACUCAUGUAAGAUUAGUGAUGAUUCAACCCAUGAUUCAGAAAUUUCAAUGAUGAUUCUAAUGAUGCAAGAUUCAGUUAUGAUUCUAAUGAUGUAAGAUUUAGUGAUGAUUCUACUGAUGUAAGAUACAGUGAUGAUUCAACCCAUGAUUCAGUGAUGAUAAUACCUAGUGAGGCUUGAUAAGAUUUACCUGAAAGUACGUAAAGCAUCAAUAUUAUUCUGACAGUUGUUUGCUGUUGAACUAGUAAACCACAAAAAAUUUGUAGGGAUGCAUAGCAAACUUUCGUUAUUAAGGUAAAAUGUAAUGAAUUUUGCGACGGACUGUAACAUAAGCUGAUUCAGCUGCUAUAGUUUGCUGCUGCUGCUGCUGCAAGAUGUGAUUUACAGGACAGUAUCAGUGGUGUGAUGAACACUCCAUGUUGGCUGCACAAGGCAGCGAGACUGUGAUCCGUGUGAGAGAUGCAGGCUGAAGUCACUCUAGGGUGAAUGAAUCAAAAGAGAAAAUGAGAUUGUGUGCAACUGUCGAAGUUUGAAUGGUGCUAGGAGAGCGAUAUAUAAAUGGUAUGAAGGAGUUUCCCUUUUCGAGACAAAGUUGUACUAGCUUCGAGUAGUCUGAAUGGAAGGAGGUUCAAUGUACAGAUUCUUAUGACCUGUGAAUGAAAAAAGCUCAUUGUAUAGUUUCUGUUGACAGUUUUAAUUUAUUUCAUCUUUUCAACACAGCAAGCAUUUGAUGAAUCUAUUACCAUUGCCAAGUUCAGUGUUAACUGUGCCUGAUGUGAUGCAGUGUUUGUAGCGUGUGUUGGGGAGACUGCUUUGUGAUCACAACCAUUUUGCUUGAAUCAAGCAGCCCACAGUUGGAGGUUGUUGUCAUGGUAGUGAUACAUCUCAGGGAUGCUGUAUUUGAUGUACUACCCAUAAUGCCCUGGGACCACAUGUAACAGGCAUAAAGGUCUUGUAGUUCUACUUUCCGCUUACUUUCCUCAAAGACAAAUGCUAGGUAGUGUGUAUUUAACUGGAAUUACCUGGACAAACAAAGAUGAGAAAAUGUAGGCCAGGGCAUUCAGUAUGUUUUAAAUAAACAUGACUUGAUAAAUGUUACUCAGUUCGCUCCUUGGUAAUUAGUCACUUCAUGACAGACGAGUAUAAACACAAUAGUGUCAUGUUAACCCGAUUGUGACUGGGCAACCUUGUACUCUAAGGAGCUGCAAAAUUGCUGUGCAGAGUUGCAUCCCUUAGCACUACCAGGAUCUGCAGGUUGGCUUUCCUAGCACCAUACCUUGCUCAUGUGUUUCACCAAAGUGUUAACAUUAACCUGCAUCACUUUGGGCUUUACUCUCACAUUAACCUGAAACAUUCGUGAUGUAACUGGAAUACUGUUAAGCUGUGUUAAACCCAACUUGUGAACCUAAUCAAGAAAUGCAGGUCAUUGUGACCUUCAGAUUCAAACUAGUUUGCUCCUCCAGUUAAUACCCAUCAAUUGAUAUGUCCAAUGUCUUCUGAAUUUGUUUCACUCCUCUUGUUUUGUAUUCAGUACCAGCUUCAUCUCCAGUGUGUUGAAACAUUGAAACUUCCAAGUGUACUGUGUGAAAUAGGAUUAAGCUUAGGAAAUAUGAGAACAGAGUUUUGCAAACAUAUAUACAGAUGAAAAUGUAUAUAAUCUAGGGAAAAGGUUUUCUCUCAUCUCAUUACUUAUCUGUUUUAUCGUUGAUGGCUAUUUUCUAAUACAAUUGGCAUUUUGUUAAAUAUUUACAGAUCUAAUCCAUUUCAGGAGUAUGCCAAUUGCAUUGACUCCAAUAUUUCACAUCAAAUGUUGAAGUCAGAUUUGUUAGUUGUGAGAACAUGGAUGAGAAGAUAUGUCAUGUGGGAUAGGAUCAUUUAGCCACAACACAAACUGCCUUUCAUCUUGUUUGUGAUCCACUCUUUAUCAUGUAUACAGAGACUAAACUUUGUGCACCACUACCAGACACUGAUAAUGCUGUUUGUGUUCUGGCUGAUUUUUGUGAUUCUGGCUGUCAGAUUCAUGAUGUAAGGCUGCACAAUGAAUUGUUUUGCUGGGCCACACAGAUAAUUGGGGACAUUUCAUUACGUCCUCAUAAUUUAUUUUCUUGAUGUUAUCAGUUCUAAAAACACAAUUUGAGGGUGCCAAAUUCCAAUCAAACACUUCAUGUUCAGAAUGCAAUGUGAAAUAUGAAUACUCUGUUGUUGUUUGGAUAAGAGGUCGUCUAUGCAAGGAUGAAAAAGAUCCAUCUUCCCAAGGCAAGGGCGUUAACUGACUAUAAAAGUCCAGUUUCCACCCUUGCCGAAACUAGGCUGUAAUUUCUUUGCUCGACCGUAGCGCUACAAGUGACUAUUAUGAGUUAUGUUCCUUCUAUUAACCUAUUGAUCACUUGCAUUUGCUUCAAACAAAAUGGCGGCGCCCAGUCAAGACGAUCUGAUCGAUAGUCAAGACCUCUUUUGUAAUUGAAUGGGUCUUACCCCGCAAAGUGCAUCAAAUCACUUGAGCACCUUAGUUAAAAACAUGAAAAGACAAAAUAUCUGUCAACUCCUAGUUAGUGGUACAAAUGCUUUGCACGUUAAAAUCCAUGUUGUUGUUUAAGAACUGGAUGUCUAGUUUGAUUGGACUAUGCAUAGACUCUUUAGUCCAGCCAAAAUGUAAACUCUGGAAUUCCAGCCUAGUUCGGCAAGGGUUGAAACUGGACUUCUAAAGUCAGUUACCAUCCUUGCCUCGGGGAGAUGAACAAGAUGAUAAAAGGACUAACUUUGACUCUGAAGUUACAUAUUGUAACCUAUGGGAAAGAAGCUAAACCUUUGACCAAGCUCAUCACUCCUAUCCAAUACCUUUCUUUAUGCAGAGAGGUAUUGUAAUGGGGGUAAAAGAUCUGAUUUUAAUAACAUUGAACCUUCAACAUAGGGCACUGAUACCAACCGACUACAACAUAUUACUAAAUGACCACACAUUUUCUGCAUACUUCAACAUAUGAUGUGAUUUCCUUCUAGCAUUUCAGGAGCUUAUGUCGGUGUCUACUUGGUUUUAUCUGUACUUGCCAUCAUGCCUCUAAUGUGUACAUUAAACUGCUAUCCUGCCUUUGUGCUGUUUACCCAAGUGGAAAUUUCAAUCAUAAUAUGCAUAUAAGACUCAUCCCCACUGCCAGCUAAUGUUUCUGUGUAAGUCUCAUGACUCGAGAAUUUCUUGAAAAUGAAUGUAGCUGUCGUGUUGACCCUUCUGAUGUGCCAAGACUCUCAAGUGUAUGAUUGCAAGUCAUUAGCCAUAAUACAGCCUGGAAUCCAGUGGCGUGUAUUCUGACUUCAUCUGUAUAUAGUUGUCAUGUUGCAUUGUAAUUUAUGGGCAGACUGCUGAAUGUGAUGAGAGCGUGUGAUGUUCGGUCAAUGUGAUACAUGGAUGUACGUUCUCAAAGCUUGCCAUUGUCGCUGCAGUCUAUAUUUUGUAUUGUACAUCUGGAAUAUAAUAAAACAAACGUAUUCCAGUGUUA